AUGGCGCAAGCACAAGAGGUCAGAAGUAGCCCCACACUUUCAAAGAGUGAUGCCUACUUUGAAACCGUGCAAUCCAGAAAGAAACUAUCACAGACAUUGCAGGAUUCGUUGACAGAUGCAUUUGCAAAGAUUCCUGUUUCUUCUUUUCCAGCAGUUCCAACAGGAAAAGUGAUUGAAAUUCUGGCGGACACACCCGUCGGUGAAGCUGUUAAGAUUCUAUCUGAAAGCAACAUUUUAGCAGCUCCAGUUAAAGACCCAGAUGCAAGAGCUAGUUCAGAUUGGAGAGACAGGUAUCUUGGCAUCAUAGAUUAUUCGGCUAUCAUUCUCUGGGUGCUGGAGAGUGCAGAACUUGCAGCAGCUGCCCUAUCAGCUGGUACAGCAACAGCUGCUGGAGUUGGCGCAGGAACUGUUGGUGCUUUGGGAGCACUAGCAUUGGGAGUGACAGGUCCUGCUGCAAUUGCUGGGUUAACCGCUGCUGCAGUAGGUGCUGCAGUGGCUGGUGGUGUUGCUGCAGAUCAAACGAUGGCUAAAGAUGCUCCUCAGGCUGCUGAUAACCUGGGUGAGGACUUCUACAAAGUAAUACUGCAAGAAGAACCCUUCAAAUCAACCACAGUGCGAACAAUACUUAAAUCAUAUCGAUGGGCACCUUUUAUUCCAGUUGCAAGAAAUAGUGCUAUGUUGACUGUCAUGCUGCUUCUGUCAAAGUAUAGGCUGAGGAAUGUGCCUGUGAUAGAACCAGGUAAACCUGACAUUAUAAACUUCAUUACUCAGUCUGCAGUUGUCCAAGGUCUUGAGGGAUGCAAAGGAAGAGAUUGGUUUGACUGCAUUGCAGAAAGGCCUAUAUCUGAUCUGGGACUUCCAUUUACAUCUGCUGAUAAGGUUAUUAGCAUCCAGAGCAAUGAAUUGAUUCUCGAAGCUUUCAAGCUCAUGAGGGAUAAUCGAAUCGGUGGUCUUCCUGUAAUAGAGGGGCCAACGAAGAGAAUUGUUGGAACCUUAAGCAUAAGAGAUAUCAGAUAUUUGCUGCUAAAGACUGAACUUUUCUCCAAUUUUAGGAAGCUCACUGUUAUGGAUUUCAUUACGAAAAUUGCCUCUGCAUCCCUACAAGCUGGAAAAGUUACUCGGCCUAUAACAUGCAAGCCUGACUCCACACUGCAGAGCGUGAUCCAUACUCUUGCUUCUCAGUCUAUUCACAGGAUUUAUGCAGUAGAUGAACAUGAAAAAGUAGUCGGAGUCAUUACACUGAGAGAUGUCAUCUCUUGUUUCAUCACCGAACCUGCUUACCAUUUUGACGAUUACUAUGGAUUCGCAGUGAAAGAGAUGUUGAAUCAGUGAUUUUCUGUGGAAGUUUGAAUUGGCAGAACACUCCAAAUGUAACAAACCUUUAUGUAACCAGAAGAAAAAUAUUUCAUUUGAAGUUUUUCAAUUUUUCUAUGUAAGCAAUUAUCCUGCAACUUCUAUCAUGCUAAA